AUACUUGCCUAUCUAUCGCAGGUUCCUAAAUCUUUUAGCGGACUGAUGAUUGGAACAAUUGGUAGGACAUGUCAUUGGAACAAUUGGACAUUUCAAAAGAAGAGUCCGUUUUCAAGAGCAAGUGGAAAGCGACAAUACUUUGUGGAUACUUCAUGGGUUCCAAUACUAUGUUCCAAUGGUUUUUGAGGACCUACUGGUUCCCUGAACCCAGGAAUCAGCGACAAGAAGUCACCACAAAACGCUUCCGAACUUAUUUGGGGAUCAAGGUGGGAUCAUGCUCAUGCUCUGCUUGCAAGCCAUUGCUCUCUCAGAAACUCAAUAUGCCAUGCGAUCGCAUGCCAUUGCAUAUGCUGCCAGCGGCUUCGCGGCUUCGACUUCAUGCCCAGUGCCACGACGACUUGUGCGGGUGACUUCGUGUGCCUGGAAUCUGCAGCAAGACGUCGCAGAAGUGACAGCGGGACUGACAUUUGGCGCACGUUUGGCAACUGCAGUCACAGGCACGGCUGGAGUUUUGUCAGCGAGGAGACAUCGUCGCACAACAUUUCUGGAGACCCAGGCGCCAGAUGAAGCUGCAGAGAUGCAAACUUUGCAAGUGGUUGUAGACAACACGCUGGCUCCUGAAGAUCUUCUGAAAGCGGGCGUAAAGCUUCGCUUGGCGGGUUUCCCUGGCAAGACUCGAAUGGGACGCGCUUCGAUUUUCGCUUCCGAAAUUCAAGUCGUUGGACUCCUUCCACACUUAGUGCAGCCCAGUUUGCUGCAUUCAUUGCUGUCACACUGCUCAACUGGUCUUGUGAGCUCUGCAGAGUUGCACCAGUGGCUACAGGUGUCGCUGGAAGAGCUGGAGGAGGUUUUAGACGAGCCCGAUGGGCGGUCUCGGCUCCAGUUCUGCUCGCGCCACACUCGCGUGCUUCGCCGUGGCCGGGACCGUGUCCAGCGCCGCCGUCCGGCCAGGCUAUCCUCAGAGCAAUGGAAAGUGCUCGAUAAGUACCAUGGCUGGUCAGACUUGCUCGUGAAUGAAAUGGUGCCCGCAGAGGCCUUGCAAUUGGACACUGAAGAUCUCCCAGAUCCUGCGUCGAAUCUGGGCAGUCGGAGAUGGCUUUUGGAUUUUGCUGUGAGGAAGAAGCGGCCCCAAGUACGCUUCAUGACCAAAUUGUUCAAGAACUUAGUCCAAGAAGCCCAUCUUGUCGGCUUGAAGAUUACGGAAGUUCAUGACGUGGGAGGAGGUCGUGGUGACCUGGCUUUGGCCGUGUCAUCUGCCUUGCCACGCCUCCAAGUCCAUGUUUGGGAGUCUUUCGGGCCAAGCGUGGCGCAUGGCCGAGCUCGGGCGAAGGAUUUGGAUCUGAACCUUCGCUUCCUUGAGUCAAGUGCAACGGACCCUUGGAUGGCUCCAGAUCGUUUUGUGCGAGUUUUGCAGAGCGUUUUUCUUGUUUUUAGUAAGGUCCGGACCUUGUCUAUCACAACUCGACAUUCCCAAAAGAUUCUGAAGUGAUUGUGGAAGGCCCUGAAGUCAUUUCGUUUAACAACCGCAAGUGCUGCAAUUCUAGCGUUGCACGCCUGCGGUGGCUUAAGCGACCUUGCCUUUGAUGCUUGCCAGCGGCGCCAAGCGCCUUUUUGCAUUUGCCCAUGCUGCUACAAGUCAUUGCCCCAUCUCCGGAGCGAAACCACACCAGAGCUGCUUGUUCUGCAAAGUUUAGCUGAGAAUGAUGGUCUACCAGCAGAUAUUGCGGACUCAGCGGCCUUCGCCAUCAACGCGUUGCGCUUGCAACGUCUUGAUGGGGAUUCGACUGACUUGUUUGAACCACGACUGCCAAAGUCUUGGAAAGUUAGUGCCUACUGCUUUCCCAAAGAGUGGUCAUCUCGAAACAUUGUGCUGUGCGGUUAUCCACGUUCCAAAAAGGAACAGGGCCGUCGGGUGUUUCUCUGCGCAGCAGCCUCAGGGGCAAUCCAGGUCUCGCAGGACGCCCCAAGCAAUGUUUCACUAUUUGUUUUGUAGUCCGAUCAAGAAGAG